UUCAUUCCCACCAACCCAUUCAACCAACUACCCCCAAGCUAGCUCCUCCAAGACACUCACCCGCACUCGCUCGUCCGCACACCUUACUCCCUCUCCUUUUCAAAAAUUUUGCAGGCUUUUCUUCUUUCGAGCUCCCAAUAGAAUCCAACACAUUCCAAAUAGAAUCAAACUCGCUCCGUAAGUAGAUGGCUAACUCGCUACACACUUCAUCCACCGUUCCACGUCUCGGUCUCGGAGAACAAUUCCUCGGCCUCAACUCGGCUUCGGAUCCCAGUUUCAGAUCUCUCUCUUUCACCUCUCAGUUCCGCUCCAUCUCUCUCAAGUCUUUGGAGAGUACUAGACAGCUCAAAUCCCAAGGAGAAAUCAGUGCGGUUGUGAGGGCGCAGAGUGGGCUUGACCCAAUGCAAGUUGAUAUCUCUCUUAGCCCCAGAGUAAAUUCCGUGAAGCCUUCAAAAACGGUGGCCAUAACCGACCAGGCCACUGCUCUUGCACUUGCUGGUGUCCCUGUUAUUCGUUUAGCCGCCGGAGAACCCGAUUUUGAUACCCCAGCCCCCAUAGCAGAGGCGGGGAUAAAUGCGAUUCGAGAGGGUUACACGAGAUAUACUCCAAAUGCGGGGAAUCUGGAUAUUCGCCAAGCAAUUUGUCACAAGUUGAAGGAGGAAAAUGGGAUCUCUUACACGCCUGAUCAGAUUUUAGUUAGCAAUGGGGCCAAGCAGAGCAUUGUUCAAGCCGUGCUUGCAGUUUGUUCUCCAGGAGAUGAGGUUAUAAUUCCAGCUCCAUUUUGGGUGAGUUACCCAGAAAUGGCAAGGUUGGCUGAUGCAACACCUGUUAUUCUUCCGACAAGCAUCUCGAAAAACUUUCUUUUGGAUCCAAAGCUCCUUGAAUCCAAACUCACUGAAAAGUCGAGACUGCUGAUUCUUUGUUCUCCAUCCAACCCAACAGGAUCUGUUAUCCCCAAAAGAUUGCUGGAAGAGAUUGCUCAAGUUGUAGCAAAACAUCCCCGGCUUCUGGUACUUUCUGAUGAAAUAUAUGAACACAUAAUCUAUGCUCCCGCAACUCAUACAAGCUUUGCUUCCUUGCCCGGCAUGUGGGAGAGGACUCUGACUGUCAAUGGAUUUUCUAAGGCCUUUGCAAUGACUGGUUGGCGACUUGGAUAUCUUGCUGGUCCAAAACACUUUGUUGCGGCAUGUGGAAAGAUCCAGAGUCAGUUCACUUCAGGUGCCAGUAGUAUUGCACAGAAAGCUGCAGUUGCAGCACUAGGAAUGGGAUAUGCUGGUGGGGAAGCCAUUUCCACCAUGGUAAAAGCAUUCAAGGAUAGACGGGAUUUCUUGGUUAAAAGCUUUGGAGAACUGGAGGGUCUGAAGAUAUCCGAGCCCCAGGGAGCUUUCUAUCUCUUCAUUGAUUUCAGCUAUUACUAUGGAGCUGAUGUUGAAGGAUUUGGUAAAAUUGAGAAUUCAGAGUCUCUUUGUCGAUAUCUUCUGGACAAGGGUCAGGUUGCGCUAGUCCCCGGGAGUGCAUUUGGGGAUGACAGCUGUGUCCGCAUCUCUUAUGCAGCGUCUCUCACAACCCUUCAGGCAGCUGUGGAGAGAAUUAAGAAAGCUCUUGUCUCACUCAGGCCUGCUGUCCCUGUUUGAUGUGGAUAAUAUAUCUGCAAUAGUAAGGCAACCUUUGUGUGAUUUUUUGUUCCUUUAUUAGCUUCCAAAAUAUUUAUGUAAUAAUUAUUUUGGAAUAGAAAGAAUAAAAUGAUCUUGGUUUGUUUGGCUGUUUCUCGCCAGCAUUGGCCUUAUAAUUUGUGCAGACUCGGAUUAACUUCGACAUUGUCUUUGUACAAGGUUCUCUGUGAUGUAUCAAAUGAUUACAAGACACUUGAAUUUA